CUGGCCAGGGAGGAAGAGGUGGAUGAUUAGGACUGUACGUGUUUUUGUCUUUACUGACAGAACUCAGUGGAGGGAUGUUUCUCCUCAGCUGAAAAGAAACUCCCCAGUAAUUAAUAAAAACAAAGCUUCGCCAUGAAUCUUUUACCUUCCAAUCCUCAUGGUAAUGGUCUGUUGUACGCUGGCUUUAACCAGGAUAAUGGGUGUUUUGCUUGUGGAAUGGAAAACGGCUUCCGUGUUUACAACUCUGAUCCACUGAAAGAAAAAGAAAAACAAGAGUUCCUGGAGGGUGGUGUUGGUCAUGUUGAAAUGCUGUUCCGAUGUAACUAUUUAGCACUAGUUGGAGGUGGAAAAAAGCCAAAGUACCCCCCUAAUAAAGUGAUGAUAUGGGACGAUUUGAAAAAGAAGACAGUCAUUGAAAUUGAAUUUUCCACAGAAGUCAAAGCAGUGAAGCUACGGCGAGAUCGGAUUGUGGUGGUCCUAGACUCCAUGAUAAAAGUCUUCACCUUUACCCACAACCCCCAUCAGCUGCAUGUAUUUGAGACCUGCUACAACCCCAAAGGUCUUUGCGUAUUAUGUCCGAACAGCAACAACUCCCUGCUGGCGUUCCCUGGCUCUCACACAGGACGUGUGCAGAUAGUGGACUUGGCCAACACAGAGAAGCCUCCAGUGGAUAUCCCUGCACACGAAGGAGCCUUGAGCUGCAUAGCCCUCAACUUGCAAGGGACACGGAUCGCUACUGCUUCAGAGAAAGGGACACUAAUAAGGAUAUUUGACACUUCAUCGGGGCACCUCGUUCAGGAGCUGAGGAGAGGAUCACAGGCAGCAAGUAUUUACUGCAUAAAUUUUAAUCAGGAUGCGUCUCUAAUUUGUGUAUCGAGCGAUCAUGGCACGGUACAUAUCUUUGCAGCAGAGGACCCAAAAAGAAACAAACAGUCAAGUUUGGCAUCCGCAAGCUUCCUUCCAAAAUAUUUCAGCUCCAAAUGGAGCUUCUCCAAGUUUCAGGUUCCCUCAGGCUCUCCCUGCGUCUGUGCCUUUGGAACAGAACAAAAUGCAGUAAUAGCUAUCUGCGCAGAUGGCAGCUACUACAAAUUCUUAUUCAACCAGAAAGGAGAAUGCUCAAGGGAUGUGUAUGCCCAGUUUUUGGAAAUGACAGAUGAAAAGAUUUGAUUGAAACAGGAAUGCUGAGAGCUCUGCUCUUACUUGCUACCUUCAAGAGGACUUAUCCUUUUAUUGAUUUCAAUUUUACGCUCACAGGACUAGAAUGGGCCUCAAUGGAAGUAUGGCUAAGCACUACAGGAACACCAUACAGAGGAUUGAACCCUGUGUCAUGUGAUUUUGAAAAAAACUUUUUUUUUUUUUUUUGCAGAGAAAUAUUAAAAACAUAUUACUUUGACUGUCACCGGUGGACGUGAACUUUCAAAACAAAACUGCUUGUCUUUCAGUGUCAGAGUCAAAUGUGGCGAGGGGGAAUAUCUUUUGAAAGGACAGGUGCUUUUCUAUUGUAAAUGGAAAAAGGACGGUCUACACUGGUCUGUUGUUGGUUACCUGUGCUGUUUACACUAAAUAAGGUAGCCUGUGGACUUCGCUAUUUUUUUAAAAAGUUAUGAUUCUGCAAGAUCUGUAGAACAUUAACCUUCUGUAUCAACUAACACCACCUAACUUAGCAUAGGAGUGUCUUUGGAUUGAUUUAAAGAAGGGUAUAGAAAGUCAGUAGAGCCACAUUUCUCUCAUUGUAUAAAGCAUCAAACAAAACUUAUGUAUGUGCAGAGUGUAAUUUUUGCUGGUAAGUGGUUAUUCAGAUGUGCGGUGCCGUUUUCCUUUACGUUAAAUCUUAAGUUUGGCAUUUAGGUGCAGACUUCCACAAAUCUGAAGUGUGCUAACCAUUAAUAUCGAUGUAUUUCACUUGCUUAGAAGUGCCAAAUCAAGUAAGUGAAACGUGCGAGCACCAUUAACUAACGGAAUACAAAGCUUUGACUCUUCAGUAAAGAUCUAUUAAGACCUAGAUGGAGUAGUAAUUAGUGGUUACCAGGGUGUCAAUUUAUUAAGCCCUAGAAACAUAUUGUAUAAAUUAAUGAAAAUAUACAUACUGUUUUGAUGUAAAUUGAAACAUCAGAAAUGUUCAGUGUUGCGAUUUGCCUGUUCUACCAAAUGUUUUCAAGUACAGACUAGCAGGAGAAUUCUGUUUUUUGUUGGAUACACAAGGUGGAUUUUAAAAGCAUUAAUAGACCCUUUUCUGUCACUCUAAUGUUUACACUCCCUACCAGUUUCAUAGAUUACAAGAAUGAACUGGAAUGUAUGCUGUUUUGAUAAGGGAUUAAUUUAUGCACAAUAUUAUGUCAUGUCUGUAAAACAAUUUGAGGACCAGUGUCCAAUUUUAAAGGUUCAUAUAAUUAAAAAAAUCAAAGCAAUGUAUAUAAAAAUCAAACAAUUAAAUUAAAAGUGUGCUUUUGUAUGUAGUGAAUAUGCUAAUCACUUGGCUUUUCCUUGCUGGUUAUUUAAGAACUGCAAUUCUCAAUCUGAGUUUUGUACAUUUUACAAUAAUGAGUCAUCACUACAAAAUUUAAAGUAUUAUGUUAAAAAAUGACCAUCAAAUCUGUAUGGUUUGACCGUUAAAAAAAUUAAUUAAAUAAAAUACAUUUGAUGGUGUAAGAGACAAAUAUUGUAAAAUAAAGCUCACUGGUCAGUACACAUCAUGUACAAAAACCUUACCAUGUUUUAUGUAAUUUCUAAUUAAAACUAAUUACUGGCA